UUCCGGCUCGUGGUUGGAACUACUCUUUCCUGUUCGCGGAUGGGGUGCAGCUGACCGAGACUCUGGGCGCUCCUCUAGCUGCCGAAGGAAGGAAAGCUUCUUUUUACUUUUGAGAUUCCUUGGCCUAACCGGCAGCUUACGUUGCUUUGACAUCUUUUCAAAAAUUUGAGUAGAGAGUUGACGAGUGGAAUAAUUUUAAAUUAUUGCGAGGGGUCCUCGGAUUUGAGGUUUUGUUUUUUUCCGCCCUAUCGUAUUUAACUCUUGAGCUGACCCAGCCCAAUCAUGGUGAUGUUUAAGAAGAUUAAGUCUUUUGAGGUGGUCUUUAGCGAGCCUGACAAGGUGUACAGCAGUGGGGAGAAGGUGACUGGCCGGGUGAUAGUGGAGGUGUGUGAAGUCACUCGAGUCAAAGCUGUCAGGGUCCUGGCUUGCGGAAUGGCCAAAGUCCUCUGGAUGCAGGGAUCCCAGCAGUGCAAACAGACCUUGGAGUACCUGCGCUACGAAGACACGCUUCUCCUGGAAGACCAGCCAACAGGUGAGAAUGAGAUGGUGAUCAUGAGACCUGGAAACAAAUAUGAGUACAAGUUCGGCUUCGAGCUUCCUCAGGGGCCUCUGGGAACAUCCUUCAAAGGAAAGUACGGGCGUGUAGACUAUUGGGUGAAGGCUUUCCUUGAUCGACCUAGCCAGCCAACGCAAGAGACAAAGAAAAACUUUGAAGUGAUGGAUAUAGUGGAUAUCAACACCCCUGAUUUAAGGGCACCUGUGUCUGCUAAAAAGGAGAAGAAAGUUUCCUGCAUGUUCAUUCCCGAUGGGCGGGUAUCUGUCUCUGCCCGAAUUGACAGAAAAGGAUUCUGUGAAGGUGAUGAAAUUUCCAUCCAUGCUGACUUUGAGAAUACAUGUUCCCGCAUUGUGGUUCCCAAAGCUGCCAUUGUAGCCCGCCACACUUACCUUGCCAAUGGCCAGACCAAGGUGUUGACGCAGAAGUUGUCGUCUGUUAGAGGCAAUCACAUUAUCUCGGGAACUUGUGCAUCGUGGCGUGGCAAGAGCCUUCGGGUACAGAAGAUCAGGCCUUCUAUCCUGGGCUGCAGCAUCCUUCGAGUUGAAUAUUUCUUGCUGAUCUAUGUUAGCAUUCCUGGCUCCAAGAAGAUCAUUCUCGAUCUGCCCCUGGUGAUUGGCGGCAGGUCAGGACUGAGCAGCCGGACGUCCAGCAUGGCCAGCCAGACCAGCUCUGAGAUGAGUUGGGUAGACCUGAACAUCCCUGGUACCCCUGAAGCUCCUCCUUGCUAUAUGGAUAUCAUUCCUGAAGAUCACCGACUGGAGAGCCCCACCACUCCUCUGCUAGAUGACACAGAUGGUUCUCAAGACAGUCCAAUUUUUAUGUAUGCUCCCGAGUUCAAGUUCAUGCCACCACCUACUUACACUGAGGUUGAUCCGUGCAUCCUCAACAACAACGUGCAGUGAGCGUGUGGAAGAAAAGAAGCAACUGUACUGUUUCUUUGCAUCUCUUCCUGGACUUAGACUUUUUCAGAGACUGAACAGUCUCUAUAGUGAGGGGUGGGUCCACCCCAGCCUCUGACUCCCUGGUGUAGGAGGUGAUCAGCAGGUAGUCAGUCUCCUGAGCCUUAAAGGGUGUGCACUUGUCCUCAGCCAGUGAGAUGUUGUGACAUCGGCGUGUUUGCUUGGAUGGGUUUAAAAACACACUAAGAAACUCAGGCCCAUCCCAUUUUCUCAGCUCUUCUCGACCUUGUGCUAUGUGGAACAGAGCCAAUUUAGCAAACUGGGGAAAUGGGAAAAAAAAUCAUGGCCAAAACUUUGGGGGGGAAAAGGAGGUUUUUAAAAUCACUGUUGCCCUUUAUACACUUACACAAAAAGAAAACAGGGCUGAUUUGGUCUGGACUUUGGAGAGAGCUUUCUAUGUGAAUUCAAGGGAAGAAGCCCUAAGGUUGUUCUUGCUUAGAAUGUACUUUAAUCUGGCUCAAAGCAGUAGUAACUGUGCCCCACCAAAGGUCUUAAAAGCCAUUUUUAGAGCCUUAUUGCACUGUGUUCUCCUGUUGCAAACAUCAUGUGGGAGAAUGUGUUUUUCUGUUCAUGUGACUCCUUGGAAUUGAUUCUGAGGUGAUGUUUUUAGCACUUUAGUUCCUGUUAAAAAAAAUUUCUAUCUCAAAUGUAAGCUAAAGCUGGUCUAUGUCUCUAGGGGUAAGCACAAGGACAAAAAAAAAAAAAGUUAUUCAUUACUUUUGAGACUUUGUCCCAG